AUGGACGCCGCCUCAUGGAACCCCCAGGAUUCGGCCUUGGCGCCAAAUCACGAUGAGGAGUUCCAGCAAUUCUUGGACUUGGGUGGAAUGGGGAAUCUCAGCGAUGCGAUGCCGUUCGACUUCAACGACUACCAGACGGGCAAUGGGCCUGGCAUCAUGCACCAGUCCGGCCGCGAGCAGCUCGACACCCAGAUGGGAGGAACCGACACCUCCAUGAUAAUGGGAAAUGCCGCCUCGGCCAUGCAAGCGCAGCUGAUCAACAUGACGACGGCCGGCGCGCAUCCCGCCAUUCAGACUCAAAUGAUCCCCCCGUCGGCAUCAACCGAUGCCAUCACGGAGAUCGACGCGCAGAUACAGUACCUGCAGCAGCAAAGGAUGCAGCAGCAACAUCGCCAGAUACAAGAACAACAGGUCGCAUACUAUGCGAGCCAGACGCAUGCUGUUCCCCCGACACCCCAAAGUCUCGAAAUGCCGCCCGCCAGCAAUCAGUUCUACUCAACAGACCAGAGCCAGACACCCAUGUUUGGCAACAGGUAUCAAAGGAUGAAGGAGCAGCAAGACAUGGCUUUCACCCCGUUAGUCUCUCCGGCAGUGACACCGUUAGACCCUCAUUUCCAGAUGGAAGCCGGCGGGUUUACCAUCCCAGGCGCAUACUUCAGCCCUCUCACAUCACCAGCAUUGCACGCGCAAAGCGAUCAAGGACUCCUGUACGAUCGUAGAUCGUCCCUCUCAGCCCACAACUCACCAGCCGAGAUGGACAUUGAGACGACAACCACGCAACUGCCGGUGGUAGACUUAUCAAAGAAGGCUCGCAAAACCAAUGCAUCAAGGGCAAAGGCCAAGGCCAGUGUACGACAGUCGCCAAUUUCGAAACCGCAGCGCAGAAAGGCAACGCCCACGCCAAAGAUGGUCUCGCAGGCUCUCUCUGAGAUGCGGGAAGUGAAUGAGGAUGGGUUGGAUCAGAUGCUUCCCUCGACUGCGCUGCCAGCCCCGAUGAGCAGCGAGGAGUCUGAAAAUGCGUCGGUGUCGCCUGAGAACCUGUCAGACAUGCCGCCGCCGCCCCUUCCGCAACAGAAGCAAUCGAGCAAAUCACCCUUCAUACAACCUCAGCCUCAACCUCAGCCUCAUCCUGCGAUGCCGGCCCACGUCCAGGGGAAGCCGUCUCCCGCCACCCCGGCCUCUCUCAUGAAGCUGCCCGCUUCUAGUGCGAAUAACUCCGCCUCGUCAAACCCUCUCGAUCUAGGCCCAUCAGACCACAUCGAAUCAUUCGAAUUACCCGAGUCGGUGAACUUUUCUUCGAAAGCGAAGCCCCCAAGACUGGACACGGCAACGCCAACACAGUCGCCUUCGGAUCCUGGUGCGAUGAUGGGUUCGUCCUUCCAACCGCUCCCGUCGCCUGUAUUUGCCAAACCCAUCGUUGCGGCUUCGGCAAGCGCAAGCCCGAACCUUGCUCCCGGAUCUUCAGGUCCAUCGGCGAGGAAAACGCCAAAGCUGUUGGCCAGAGGUAGUCAGAGCAAGAGGGGAAGCGUGAGUUCGGUGCACGUGUCGCCUGCGUUGCGGCCGAGGAUUUCCCCUAGCAUCAAGCCGCUCUUGCCUGGAACGCCCGGCAUGUCCGCCGAAGACACGGCAUCUCGUCUGUUGAUGUCAAAGUCUAACUACCAGAACAUCCUCGAAGGCAAUACCGUGCCCGGUGUGACAUAUCCCAGCGAGCUGUCAACGAACCUCACAUCAAAACGCACGUCCCACAAGAUUGCGGAACAGGGCCGACGAAACCGAAUCAACUCGGCAUUGCAGGAGAUUGCGACGCUGUUGCCACAGCCGCCAAAGGAGUCCAAGAGUGAAAGCGAAGAACGUAAGGAGAGGGAAAAAGAGGCCAAGGCCGGAGGGGCACCGAACAGCAAGGCCAGUACCGUUGAGCUGGCCAUCGAGUACAUCAAGCAGCUCAAGCAGGAAGUUGCCGAUGCCAACAAGAGAGCCGAGGAGGCGGAGAAGAAGUUGGAGCUCAAGGAAAAAUCUCUGGAUCAGAAGGAGACGGUUGAGGGCUGA